AUGCCUAUGAACGGACACUGCCUUUGCAAGGCGGUCACCUACACCAUUGAGGUCGACCAGCCGCUCAUCACUGCCUACGAUCACUGCGACGACUGCCAGCGUCAGAGUGGUUCUACCUACUCUCUGGUCGCUGUGGUCCCCAAGGCGGCUCUUACCAUCAACGGCCCCACCAAGAGCUGGGCGGGCAAGGGAUCCUCUGGAAAGGACGUGCACCGCAUCUUCUGUGGCGAGUGCGGUUCCCCUAUCGCCCACGAUCCAGAUGCCGCCCCUGAGAUCAUCGCCAUCAAGGCUGGUACCCUGAGCACGGAAAUCAAGAAGACACUGAAGCCGGACACCGAGAUCUGGACUGUUGGCAAGCUUCCCUUCUGCCAGGAGCACCUGGAGAAGCCUUUCAAGCACAUGCCUGAAUAA